AUGGAGGAACAACUGCGGUUGCCAUGCCGAUGCAACUAUAGUUGCCAUGCCACGUAUUACGCUGGUGGUGACACGGCAAUCGUCCCAUGGCAAGCUUCACAAAUUGCAGGUGGAGCACGACAUUUUGGUGUCACAGACCACACAAGAUGGCCAAAUGCAGCACAACAAGAACCUACAACUACAGUGAACAGCGGUGCGGGGACAUCUACUGCGGGGAGCUCUGAGCGCACGGAAGACGCGUUCCACCAGCCAGCAGACUGUCAUGCCGCAAACAAUUUCGAGUCAGAGUCGGGAAUGGCAAUCAUUCCAGCAAUGCCGACGAGCACCCCUUUGAACACAAGCACUAGCAACACUCGAGUAGAUGGAACUGCCGCCGAUACUGAAGCGAAUGAUGAAACUGACGACGACGCACAAGAGGAUGAAGAUGGUGGGCAAUCCGAGAUUUGGAUCGUUCGCAGAAGCAAAGGAAUACUACCAGGCAUACGCAAAGUUCCAUGGAUUUGCGGUCAACACCGAGUACCAUAG